AUGAACAACCCGCAACAGGCAGACACAGCGCAUGCCAAUCGAUGUCGACGGUUAUGGCGAUGGUGGGGGAAUAAUAAUAAGCCGCCCAGAUUGCUACAGUUCCGCUCGUCCAAGCCGUUUAUUCUGUGGGUGUGUGCAUUUUCGGUAUUUUCGGAUAUAUUCUUAUACGGAUUGAUUGUACCGGUUAUGCCUUUCGCACUUAGUGAUCGAAUCGGAGUGGAACCUGGUGAUGCCCAGAAAUGGACGUCAAUCCUUCUUACCGUGUAUGCAGCCGCUUUACUUGUCGGUUCGCCCAUCUGUGGCUGGUGGGCAGAUAAGUCGAAUACCCGUCAAGUUCCCUUCAUGUUCGGUCUUCUGCUUCUGGCAGGAGCAACUCUCAUGCUCGCCCUUGCAAGAACUCUGACUCUCCUAGUUGUCGCCCGGAUCUUGCAGGGCCUGUCCGGCUCAAUUGUGUGGGUCAUUGCUCUGGCGAUGUUGGCAGAUAGAGUAGGAUCCAAAGAAAUCGGUGCGCAUAUAGGAACGAUCGUUUUGGCAAGGAGUAUUGCGACGAUUGCCGCGCCGCUUAUCGGCGGCGUUGUGUAUGCCAAAGUGGGAUAUUAUAUGGUGUAUGUUACCGCUUUUAUUUUCCUUGGGGCGGAUAUUGUUUUUCGACUAGCCAUGAUUGAAGCUCGCGUUGCACGAAAAUGGGAUCCAUCGAUUGGUCUGCCAGCACCCCAGGAAGAUUCCGUAGUCGAAAAAUCUGAGGGAUCGGAAAAGGCAGCUUCAACACCAAGGGAUGACUGUUUUUCAAUUAACAUGCAGCCUCGGAAAGGUAGGAUUUAUCAUCCGGUCCAUUACCUCCCACCAUUCAUCGUCAUGCUAGGUUCGAUUCGCCUUCUUCUGGCACUCUGGGGUUGCAUUGUCAUAGCCAUCUUAUUUGGCGCCUUCGAGGCUGUUAUUCCCUUGUUCGUCGAAGCCAUGUUCAACUGGGACUCUUUCGGUGCCGGUCUCGUGUUUCUUGCGCUCCUAAUCCCCACUUUUAUAUCUCCCGCAAUAGGCCGGCUGGCUGAUAAGCACGGUCCGCGCUGGUAUGUUGCGGUGGGGUAUGUCCUCACCAUGAUUCCAGUGGUCCUUCUCCGCAUAGUGACACGGAAUACGCUGCACGACAAGGUGGUUUUCUGUGUCCUUUUAGCGUUCUGUGGCGCGUUCUGUAUGUUCUUCGAAGUUCCUAUACAUGUCGAGAUCAUGCUGUCUGUCGAAGAGAAAAUGCGGCAAAAUCCCAAAUACUACGGAGAAAAAGGGGCAUAUGCGCAAGCAUUCGGAUUAGGAAAUUUGAUGUAUGCUCUAGGCCUAAUUGUUGGCCCUCUUUGGGGAGGGUAUGUUGUUGAAAGUGCGGGUUGGGAAGUGAUGACACUCAGCCUCGGGGUAAUGUGUUGCGCUGGCGCUGUGCCGGCAGCCAUCUGUACUGGGGGAAAUAUAUUUACGAUCAAGAAGGAUCGUAGCAGCGAAGUGAAAGGACAAGAAGAGCCACAAAGGGUUUCUCUCUCUGUGGAGGAAGCAUUGCCAACUCCUUCUUCAGUUCAAAAACCCGAUUCUGACGCUAUUCGUGUAUAUUCUUCUGCAGUUUAG